AUGGGUACUGUUGACACAACCGGCCUUGACAUUGACAGCCUACUCGCUCAAUUGAGACAGACAGUCAAAGAGAAUGAACUGGAUGUCAACUUCCCUGUCGAUCUCAUCAAUAAAGCACGAGAGAUCCUUGCCGCCAAUCCAAGCAAGAUCGACCAGACGCAGCUGCAAGGCAUCAUUGCCGAGGUCCACAAGCACAAUGACCUGAUCGAGAAUGACUCGCCGUACCCCGAAGUGCGUGCUGUCGUCGAUCCCACCGACAAUCCCGAGGAAUCGGCAAACACCUUUCGGGCCUGGUUUCUCGGCCUGAUCUCGACCAUCAUCUUCACCGGCGUCAACCAGCUGUUCACCCUCCGAUACCCAACGAUUACGAUAUACUCUCCUGUCGCGCAGUUGCUGUCAUAUCCAUGUGGUGUAUUCUUGGCCAAGACAUUGCCGACCAGGGAAUGGAAUCUCUUCGGCUGGCAUUUCACCCUCAAUCCCGGUCCAUUCAAUCAGAAAGAGCACAUGUUGAUCACGGUCAUGGCCAAUGUUGCGUUUGGAGGCCCCAAUGGAACAGCAUAUGUGACCUAUAUCCUGCAAGUGCUAAAGUCCAAGCACUUUUACAAUAUGACAGAGUUGUAUGAUCAUGCAGGCUUCCAAAUCCUGGUCUGUCUUUCGACCCAACUCCUGGGAUAUGGAUGCUCUGGAAUCGUGCGAAGAUUUCUAGUCUAUCCAGCGUCCAUGAUUUAUCCCAAGUGUUUGUCGACCAUCGCACUCAACAAGGCUCUGCACAGUGAUGAGGGGCGCGAUGCAUAUGCCAACGGCUGGACGAUCAGCCGAUAUCGAUUCUUCAUGUAUUGCUUUGUUGGCAUGUUCUUCUACUACUGGUUCCCUGGAUAUAUCUUCCAGGCACUUUCAUACUUCAACUGGAUCAAUUGGAUCUCCCCCGAAAAUGUCACCCUGGCCGUGAUCUGCGGUGGUAUCAAUGGGAUGGGCCUCAAUCCCUGGCCGACCUUCGACUGGAACAUCGUCUAUGCUAUCUUCGACCCCAUCAUCUUUCCAUUCUACUCUCUCCUGAACAAUGUGUCUGGUAUGUUUAUAGCGGUGUUUGUCGUGAUGGUUCCGAUGUACUGGAAAAACGUUUGGAACUAUGCCUAUCUGCCCAUCAACAGCAACGAUGUUUACGACAACCAGGGCAGGACAUACGAGGUCACCCGCGUGUUAAACAGCCAGGCUGAGCUGGAUGUGGAUGCCUACAACAAAUACAGUCCCCCAUAUCUCACCGCGGGCUACUCUGUGGUAUUUAUGGCGUCGUUUGGUCUCUAUCUUGCUGCCAUUGUCCAUGUUGCCCUUUACAACCGUCGAGAGCUGGCCAAAGGCUUUCGGGCAGUAUUCAAAUGGACCAAUGCGCGCGAGGAGCAUGGGGACGUGCAUAACCGCCUUAUGAAGCGGUACAAAGAAGUUCCCGAAUGGUGGUAUCUUUCUGUUCUGGCAAUUGCGUUCGUCUUUGGCUGCAUCUCCGUCAGCAUCUACAACACCGGCAUGCCCAUCUGGGGCAUUGUUCUGUCCAUUUUCCUUUGCCUCGCUUUACAGAUCCCAUACGGAAUGAUGUACGCCAUCACAAACAGCGAAGUCACCAACAAUGUGAUUGCGGAGUUCAUCGCCGGUUACGCCAUUCCCAACAAGCCAAUCGCCAAUUUGCUGUUCAAGAACUUUGGCUACAUCACUUGCGCCCAGUCGAUUCAGUUUGUGGCUGAUCUCAAGCUCGGCCAUUACAUGAAGAUUGCGCCUCGCGUCAUGUUCUCUGCCCAGCUGGUCGCGACCGUUGUUGGUGCCUUUGUCUCUCUGGGUGUGAAUGCGUGGGCUCUGGCCAACAUCGAGGAUGUCUGCUCUCUGACCCAAAGUGCCAAAUUCAACUGCGCCGGUGCUCGGGACUUUUAUACAUCGUCCGUCAUUUGGGGAGCCAUCGGUCCGAAGGCGCUGUUUGGGACGGGGGAUAUCUACAAUCCGAUGCUCUACAGCUUUCUGGUCUGCGCACUCCUCCCGAUUCCGUUCUAUUUCCUUGCCAAAUGGUAUCCGCGCUCCAGCCUACGAUACGUCCAUAUUCCUCUUCUGCUCAACGGUGCGACAUAUCUCGCUCCCUACAACCUGACAUACGGCUGGCCGUCUCUAAUGGUGGGAUUUGUUGUCAACUAUUGGGUCAAGCGUCGCUGGUUGGCAUGGUGGGAAAAGUAUGCCUACGUACUCACAUCGGCCUUUUCCACUGGCGUUGCAAUCUCUGCCAUCAUUGUGUUCUUUGCGGUUCAAUACCAUCCAGUCAAUAUCAACUGGUGGGGUAAUACGGUCUCCUAUGUUGGCUGCGACAAUGGUGCUUGUCCGCUGUUGCCGAUGCCCGCCGCCGGUCACUUUUGA